GCAGGUUUGCCACCGGCGGCAAAAAAGGGGACACACGCAGCACUGAGGAGGAACUGAGAAUGAAUGACCGCGUUCAAACAAAGUGGUCGUGAGUUUCUGUUGGGAAAGCAUCAAGAUCUGCAGCAAACUGUGCAGGAUUGCGUUCAUCUCCAAAAUCCGGGUUGCAACCGGACAGAGAAGAUGGCAGCCGGAAAAAGUGGACCCCAAUAAGCAGCAGAGAUCGUGUUUGUGGCUCCCACUUUUCUUCAGGUGAUUGGCAGGAGGAGGAGAGUCUGACGGAGGAGCAGAGGAAUGUUGGCAGCCAUUUAGUCUGAGCUCAACAACGGAGGAAACAUGGAUUCUUCACAAAAAAAAUGUAAACACAGCAAUGGAGUGAGAUGUGGGACCUCUGAGGUGGAUAAGGAUGGUUCGGCAACAACAGCAAAAAGAGAUGAAUCACUCAGUUGUGAGCAAUGUGGCAAGACUUUCAUCACAGCAACAAAGCUAAGAAUUCACAAACGUAUUCACACUGUGGAGAAACCAUUCAGGUGUGAUCAGUGUGGAAAGGCUUUUACGAAGAAGAGUGUUUUAAAAAGACAUCAACUCGUUCACAGUGGAGUUAAACCAUUCAGCUGUGAGCAGUGUGGAAAGGCUUUUACUCAGAAGAGUACUCUAACAAGCCAUCAACUCAUUCACAGUGGAGUUAAACCAUUCAGCUGUGAUCAGUGUGGACAGGGUUUUACUGACAAGAAUAAUCUAGCAAUACAUAAACUCAUUCACAGUGGAGUUAAACCAUUCACCUGUGAUCAGUGUGGAAAGGGUUUUAGUCGGAGGAGUCACUUAAAAAGACAUCAACUCAUUCACAGUGGAGUGAAACCAUUCAGCUGUGAUCAGUGUGGAAAGGCUUUUACUCGCGUGUUCUCUUUGAAAUCCCACCAACUCAUUCACAGUGGAGUUAAACCAUUCAGCUGUGAUCAGUGUGGACAGGGUUUUACUCACAAGAGUACAUUAAAAACUCAUCAACUCAUUCACAGUGGAGUUAAACCAUUCAACUGUGAUCAGUGUGGAAAGGCUUUUACUCACAUGCUCUCUUUAAAAUCCCACCAACUCAUUCACAGUGGAGUUAAACCAUUCAGCUGUGAUCAGUGUGGAAAAGCUUUUACUCAGAAGAGUACGUUAAAAAAUCAUCAACUCAUUCACAGUGGAGUUAAACCAUUCAACUGCGAUCAGUGUGUGAAAACCUUUACUCAACAUGAACAGUUGUCGAUCCAUCAAUGCCCCCAUUCUGGUAGAAAGCGGUACCACUGUGACUCCUGUGAAAAAACUUUCAGCUCCCAACAGACCUUAAUAUAUCACCAACGCAUCCACACUGGACAUGAUGUGUACGUAUGUGAUCACUGUGGCAAACCAUUUGUAUUGUACUCACAGUUAAAAGCUCAUGAAGUGACCCACACUGAGGUUAAACCAUACAUUUGUGACCAGUGUGGGAAACGCUACAGCUACACUGCAUGCCUCAAAGUUCACCAACGUGUCCACACUGGGGAGAGACCAUACAGAUGUGACAAGUGUAAGAAGACUUUUACAACUUUGGGUUCCCUGAAACAACACCAGCAGAUCCACACCAGAAAGAAAGCAUUCAAUCAGUGUCACAGUGAGCAGAACGGAACAGAUGGACAAAACUCUCAGACUUACCAGCACUCUGCCAAUGGUGAACAGUGCUGCUUUGACCAGUCUGGACCAACGUCCAACCAACAAGGAACCCUACAACGACACCAGCGUAUGCACACUGGACACAGACUGAACCCCUGCCAAGAAGAUUUCUCCAUGCAGGGUUCAGUAAAAGUUCGUGAAGUCCUCCGCAAACUUAAAGUCCUUGAGAUCCGGCUUCACAGAAUUCAGGAGAACAAUGUGAUGAGUGCACCGAGAGAUCCAAUACAGGGAGCUUUCCUUUUUCAAAGAUCAUUAGAAGGACAGAAGACAAAAAACCUAUCAUCUGGGUCAGGUGGUCACUCUGCAGCACAAGGAGUACUAUCCCACAUUGGAUCUGAUGUUAAUAUUUCCCUUAGACAUGGUGUUUCUUCAGUGGCGUCCCUGCACAACAUGGAAAGUCUUGAUGGAUCACACUGCCCUCGAGGAGGAGGAGGAGGAGGAAGAAGAUGAGGAGGAGGAAGAAGAGGAGGACCUCAUUCACAAUGACGACCACGCCUGAAACCUGCUGUUCAUGAAUUUUGUUAUUUUGCAAUAAAGCACACUGUUCAAAAUCCUGUUUUUAUUUUCUUUGUUACUGGUUUUGUGUUGAAAGAAAGUAUUGCUGCUGAUAAAGUAUAAAGUCUAACAUUUACCAAAUAAUUCCUUCAGAAUGAUGAAGGUUUCUGUACCAGAAGACUGUUUAUGGGAUGUUUUGGAGUAUAUAUUCAAUGUGUUGACAAGGAGAAUUCACUACACAUCUUCAGAAACAUCUGCAAACUGCAUCUAAAACGUAUUACAAAAAGCGUUUUGAAAAGGUUGAAUAAAUGUGGCACAGUGAACCUUUCUGCCCUGGUUUUCAAGAAGGAACAUGUAAUUUCAAUGCAGACACACUAGGUGUCGCUGUUCUGUCUGGUCGCUGCAGCACAGCUUUAAUAUUUAGCCACGCUCUGAUUGGUUACAGAACGACGAAAGCGGAGUGAAGCGCGCACUUCCAGUCCUAAAUGAAAGCGUUCCGGUAAGCAACACAAAGUAAAUCAGAAAUCCAAACCGCUGCCGUGUAGCUGGAAUGAAGUCUCCACGAGGCUAUUCCAAAAGGCCGAUCUGGCCCAUGGCAGUGUUAAAGUAUGAAUGACAUGACAGCUAGGGGAAAACUACGAGGGAGACUGAAUCAACACUCAUUCCAGUUUUCUCCUUUCAUGUCAAACUUAUUAUUCAGUAUAUUUAGUCAAGUAAAACAUGCUAGCAGAACCACCCCAGGGAAGGAAACAGAUCCAUGUCACUGUCAGAAUAAAACACCACAUAGGAGAAUUAUUAUUAAAACAUACUGAGGACUUCGUCCCGAUGAAAUUGCAAAGGGAGGAUUUAUUUUCCCGUCUUUUCUUGUGGUACUUGACAGAAGACAUGACACCACCACACUGUAUCCACAAACAUGUGACUGCAGCAUCCAUUUAACAAGCAACAAACGCAUUUUGAAUACGUUACAGAUCAACGUAACACCGGACCAAUUACGUUUCUGUUGCAACGUGAUUGAAAAUGCAUUUUAGUUGUCUGAGAAUGUAACUUUGUGGAGACAGGGUUGCUCAUCGUGAUGCUUGCUCUGUCAGGUAUAAUCACAGUCAAACAUCCAUCAGGUCUUCCUCAGUCUCUCACAGAGUUUCAGUUUAUGUGGACGUUCCUGCUGGAACUCUGUCCUUCUACAGAGUCUCCUCUGACUCUCUGAUCCACCUCCACACCUUCAACACCACAUUCACUGAAACUCUGUAUCCUGGAUUUGGGUUCUACUUUCCUGGUUCCUCAGUGUCUCUGUGCUGAGUUGAGUCUCCAGAGUCUCCUCCUGGUACAGAAACAGUGUUGAACAGAUAGUUGAGUCUCUCCAUGACUCUGUCCCUCACAAACAUGUUUUCACAUUCAUGGAUUAAAUGUGUUUCUUUGUCAAAUCCUUCUAAA